AUGAACAUAAGUGACCGUAGGCGGCUCUUGGGCCCAUCAGAAGCGAGAUUUCCAUCGGUGGGUGUCUCGUCAUCACUCGAGCGGGAAAUGAAGUCACCAGAUGAAGAAACCGCCAAAAGUUCCAUGUUUUUAAAAACUGGCCUUGUAGAUACUGCCAGUGGGUCCGCUUACGUUGAAGCUGAUGAUUGCAUUGUCCAGGUCUCGGUGUACGGACCUCGUCCCAUUCGAGGAUCUUUCAUAGAAAAAGCAUCGUUUUCUGUUGAGUGCAAAUUUCUUCCGUAUGUAACCAAGGUAGCAGCUGAGCACCAAAACACAAAUCCUAAUGGGAAACCAGGCAUGAACAGUAUAGAACAACGGAUCUCCACUUAUGUGGAAACAGCAUUGCUCCCUUGCUUACUUUUGGAAAAUUAUCCAAAAUCAACCAUCGACAUUUACGUUACUGUCAUAGCCAACAAAUCAGCAUCACUUCUCGAAUUGACCAAUUGGAUAGUCAAUUGCUCGUCACUAGCUUUGGUGGACUCUGCUAUUGAGAUAAAGGACAUAGUGACAGGAGGAGUAGCUACAAUUGAGGAUGAAAACGAUAGCAAAAAUUCCCAAUGUUUGGCAUCGUUUAUGAAUUUGAGAAAUAACGAAAUCGUAGGAUUUUGGAUUGAUGGAGGCCAAGAAUUGAACGAAAAAGUUUUGACCAAAACACUUGAGACUUGUCAAGAGCGGGCACAAGUGGUAAGAAGGAACUUUAAUGGGUUCUUGACUACAUAA